ACCGCCCGUGGCCGCGUUGCCUGACGGGAAACGGAGGGGCGAGGGAGCGAGGCGGUCGGCCAUUUUGUGUCUUUCCUGUGGGACGCGGCGGCGCUUGUGUUAGACGGUGCGGCAGCUGGGACCCACUUGUAUCUCCUCUCCCGCCUCUCCUCCCUUCUCUUGCUCUUUGUCCGUCGGGCGCAGCAGCUAUGGGCCGGAAGAAGAAGAAGCAGCUGAAGCCUUGGUGCUGGUACUGUAACAGGGAUUUUGAUGAUGAGAAGAUCCUUAUACAGCAUCAAAAAGCAAAGCACUUUAAAUGUCACAUAUGUCAUAAGAAAUUAUACACGGGGCCUGGCUUAGCAAUUCAUUGUAUGCAGGUGCAUAAAGAAACAAUAGAUGCUGUACCAAAUGCCAUACCUGGGAGAACAGACAUUGAAUUGGAAAUCUAUGGUAUGGAAGGCAUUCCAGAAAAAGAUAUGGAUGAACGGAGAAGACUUCUGGAACAAAAAACUCAAGCAGAGAGUCAAAAAAAGAAGCAACAGGAUGAUUCUGAUGAAUAUGAUGAUGAUGAAUCUACAGCUUCAACUUCAUUUCAGCCCCAACCUGUUCAGCCCCAACAAGGUUAUAUCCCUCCAAUGGCACAGCCAGGAUUGCCACCUGUGCCAGGAGCACCAGGAAUGCCUCCAGGUAUACCCCCAUUAAUGCCAGGUGUUCCACCUCUAAUGCCCGGAAUGCCUCCAGUUAUGCCAGGGAUGCCACCUGGAUUGCAUCAUCAGAGAAAAUACACCCAGUCAUUUUGCGGUGAAAACAUAAUGAUGCCAAUGGGUGGAAUGAUGCCACCUGGACCAGGAAUACCACCUCUGAUGCCUGGUAUGCCACCAGGUAUGCCUCCACCUGUUCCUCGUCCUGGGAUGCCUCCUAUGACUCAAGCACAGGCUGUAACAGCACCUGGAAUUCUUAAUAGACCACCUGCACCAGCAGCAGCAGUUCCGACUCCCCAGCCUCCAGUUACUAAGCCUCUUUUUCCUAGUGCAGGACAGAUGGGGACACCUGUUACAAGCUCAAGUACAGCUUCAUCCAAUUCAGAAAAUCUGUCUGCAUCUUCUAAAGCUCUGUUUCCUAGCACAGCACAAGCUCAGGCAGCUGUUCAAGGACCUGUUGGGACAGAUUUCAAGCCUUUAAAUAGUACCCCUGCAACAACCACAGAACCCCCCAAGCCUACAUUCCCUGCUUAUACUCAGUCUACUGCUUCAACCACUAGUACAACAAAUAGCACUGCAGCCAAACCAGCUGCUUCUAUAACAAGUAAGCCAGCUACACUUACGACAACCAGUGCAACCAGUAAGUUGAUCCAUCCCGAUGAGGAUAUAUCACUGGAAGAGAGAAGGGCGCAGUUACCUAAAUAUCAGCGUAAUCUUCCAAGACCAGGGCAAGCCCCUAUGGGUAAUCCACCUGUUGGACCAAUUGGAGGUAUGAUGCCACCACAGCCAGGAAUCCCUCCACAACAGCAAGGAAUGAGACCCCCAUUGCCUCCUCAUGGUCAGUAUGGUGGUCAUCAUCAAGGCAUGCCAGGUUAUCUUCCUGGGGCUAUGCCUCCAUAUGGGCAGGGACCUCCAAUGGUACCCCCUUAUCAAGGUGGGCCUCCUCGACCUCCAAUGGGAAUGAGACCUCCUGUAAUGUCGCAAGGUGGCCGUUACUGAUGUUACUUCGCCCAAUCUAAUAGGUUUGGAGAUUAAACCUUUUCUCAUCUUGUGCUGUUUAUAUAGCCAAGCUUUCGUCAAUUAAGGCUUCAUUGUGACUUUAACAAACAUUAUCUUCCCACAUACCAGGAACUAUUGGACAUUUUGUUUUACACGGGAAAAAUUUAUUUGGAAUAAUAAAGCAGGAACUUUUCCUGAUGUUGCAAUUUAUACUGUAUGGCUUCUUUUUCAUGUUUCAUCUAGGUUUUUAGAAGUGAAGUAUAGUAAAUAUGGUUCGUUAAAUUGUGAAGGCGCUGGAAUUACAUGAACAUACCACCUUAAAGGCAAGUUCUGUAACCUUAUGUUGCUAUUUGUAAAGUUAUGCCUUCGCAGCAUUUCAUAUGCUGUUGGACUUUGUCCCCAACAUAGCUUGGUGAGGGCUGUAACUGUUUCCAAGUACCUGUACAUUGGAAGUCUGAACGUGUAACAAUAUUUAAUGUACUUAGAAUUCCUCAUGUUGCAGGGUUUAAAAAAACAAAAGAAAACAAAAACUGACCCACUAAAGGUCGUGUGACUUUUCUGUACUGUUAAACUUAAUUGUAAUAAAAUGAAAGAAAAAUUGAUGCCUUUUUAUUCGUGACCAGCUGUGGACCACUGCCUGAAAGGUUUGUACAGAUGCAUGCCACAGUAGAUGUCCACUUAUAAUAAAAAAUUGUAGUUACUAGUGAAAUUUUAUAUACUCUUCCAAUUUUGUGUUUGAAUUGUAGAUCACUCCUUAGCUGCAUGGUGGAAAAUUGCUUAUUUCUGAGCAAUAGACAUAAAGUUGUACUUAUUAAGUCAUUUACUGUUUCGUUAGACAUGAUGCAGAGUUUGAAUACACUAUUACAUAAUGAGUAUAAACACUUUUUAGUGCUUUCUUCCCUUGGUUUCAAUACAUUGCAGGUGACUUUAGAAAUUUAGUAGAUGAAUUUAACACACCUUCCCUACUGCUGCUGAUUAUAUAGACUCUAGUGCCAGACACAUACGUAAUUUAGGAUUGUUUAAUUGAAUACUCUAGUCAUGGACCUCAAAAGCUUUACAGGUGCAACCUUCUAGAAGUUUAGCCACAUGCUAUAAAUGUGUUUUCUAUAUUUGUCUAAAAACAUUGAAAACUUAUACUUGAUGCUACACUAAUUUUUAAAAUUUGUAUUCUAAGAUUAAAAUGUUUAUAGUUGGAUAGUUUCCAUAUAGCAAGUUGGUAACAUAACUUUCCUAAUUGUAAUGCUGAGCAUCUUUGUGUUAAUAUUAAGCUUAUAAGGGAUUGUGACGUUAUUAAAUAUUUGGUUUUUAGUCUUUUAAUCUCAGAUUCCAUAUUUGGCAGCUAGUGAUUAUUGUAGUCAUUAACUUAUGAUUAUUGUGUAUAUUAUUAUCUUGUCAUAGGACAUUAAAAACUUGUUGUAACCACUGACUUAGCUUUUCAUUUGUAGAAAUAAGACUUGUUUUUGCUGGGCUUUAAUUUUUUGAUUAUCCAUUGAUUAUCUGGUAUUUGGUGGUAGUUUUAAUUAUGAUUUAAUUUUAUAGUUAACAUGUGAAUUUUUUUCUUAAAGAAUUGAGUAUAAUUAUGGAAGGUUUAAUUAUAAUAAACCUUUUCUAUUUCUUAACAUUUGUUUCUAAGAGUCAGAUUGCUUUACUGUUUCUAAAAUUUUAUGAGGGUGAAGGAAGAAGAGAUGAUUUUAACAUUUUAUUUUUACGUUCAUGAAACAAUUUAACCCUUAAGAAAAAGAUAUUUUAUUAUAAAAAUGACUUGGAAUUUAUUAAUGUGGUAUAAGCCUUAGUCCUAAAAAUUCACAAGGGUUGUUCACAUGGUGAAUUAAUUAAAGGUGGAAUGAUUUCAAAUAGUAUUUAUGAAGUAUUUACCUUUGUUUCAAGGAAACCCAUGUUUGAAUUAAAUAGUGAAAAUCAUUUAUUUGAAAGAUGCUCAGCAUUACAAACAUUUUCAAACUAAAAGUUGUCGAAUAUUUUGGACCAACACCUUUCAGCUGCUGUUCCACUCUUUUGGUACGAAUUUUCCCUCUGGUGUGUUAACAGACGAAUCUAAGAUGACUAGUUUUGGUUGUAACCCAGCUGGGAUCUACAUAAGAGUCUCUGCCCUCAGAGGAUUCUUAUAUUGUGUUUUGAAAUUCUCCAAGAAACUUGUAAUUCUACAAAAGUAUGACAAAUGAUUUAAAAUGUAUUUAGCAUCAAUAGGUAGGAAAAGAUUUCUAAUAUUCAAUUGAUUGAAGUGCGUUUAGUUGUGACUUGCUGCAAGAGUGUAUUGUAAUGAUUUCUAUGAAAAAUGUGUGGUCUCUUUAAUUGACUUGUAUGGACUUGUGUAAAGUUGUGAAUUUCCAUUUUAUAUGAGACCAUUUUACAACAAAAUUCUUGCCUUUUAAGGUCUGUAGAUCAAAUGCUUUAUUUAUCAAAAUGGUAACAUUUCUCUGAAGUUCUACUUUAAAGUUUCAAAAUGGCCUUAGCACUUAACGUUCACAUCUUAUCUUGAUUAAAUAUCACUUGUGGCUUAUGCCACUUACUGGAAAAUUUGAAACUAAUAUAGUGAUUUUGAUGCAUUCAUUAAAAUAUGAUUAAACUUCUGGAAAACAAUUUUUCUUGUGCCUAACUGCUUCUGUGGUCCAUGGUGGUAUGUCUUACUUAAAUUGAGACAAUAGAGAUGAUUUUGUCACUUUAAAAGUUUCCUGAAAUAAUUGGGGAAAUUCUAGCAAAAAUCCUAUGAACUGGGCUUAGCUGGGCAGGCAAUAUAAUUUCCAUAAUUCAGAAAGUGACAAGACUGAUUUACUCUGGUCUGUCAGUUUCUCAUUUUUCCUUCAAGACUAGCUCUUUAAAUUUGUCUGGCACUAGUUGUUCUGUUUGAACUAUUUUAUGGUGAGACAACCUGCCACUGAGAAUCAAGUGGCUGAGGGGAUUUUCAUUUCACCUAGAACAUUUCUAGCUUAGUGACAUAGCAUAAUAAAUGCCACGAGGUAUGGGGAAAAUAUUCAGUAGGUAUAUUAAUGUUCCAGUGAUCAAGCUGCAAAUUAAAUGCUUAUCUCAGCACUUCUUUCUAAUUUAAAAUUGUUUGGGGGAAGCCCCAACAAACAAACUGUGGGCUUAGUAUGAAAUUAUAAUAGUGGUAAAAAGCUGAUUUUUCUUUUGCUUGCUUGAUCAUUGGGAUUUUGUUCAUUUUUUUUAUGCAUGUCUUUAAAAUUAAUUGGGUCAUGUUUUUCUAAAAUUGAAAUUUUCUUCUUCCUAUAGCCCUGCCAUAGGACAGGCUGAGGCUGAGUCUCAGUGUUGCCCUGUUCAGUCUGAGGCAAGUGGGAUUUAUUUUAUUCCUUAUGGGGGCUUUCACAGCUUUAUGGCUGUUGGAUAUUUAUGUCCCCAAACUUGCAGCAAGUUUGGUGAAGGCCCCUAAAUUUAAUUAAAUUUAGGAUUUUUAUAAUCUUUUGGCAGAGAAGGCUCUAUAUUAAUAUCAUGUUUGACUGUGGUGUUUUUAGAUAAACAAAAUGUUAGAAAUUUAUUAGUUUUACUAUAGAACAUUGAAAUUUUCUUAAUCUUAUAUAUUAUUUAGUAUUUUGACUGCCUCUGUAGUUAUCCAUUUAGAGGCAUAAAAUUUGUUCUAGUAUGCUGUUUUUAUUUGUAAUUAUGACCUAUAAGAAAUUUAUUUAAUGAACUUUUUAAUAACUAAAAUGUAUUAAAACAUGUUUGACGAUUGCAGUAAUUGAUUAUUAAAAAAGUCAUUAUAAAUAUUUGAUAUUUUGAAGUCACCACAUUAGAGCAAAUGUUAAUGUAGAGCCCCUACAUUACAUGGGGAGGUGGGAAGAGAGUAGAAAUUUGACUUUCUAAAGGCUACUAAAAGAAAGGAAUGAACAUAAAGAAACAUUACUUUUAAAGAUUACUGGCUAAUAUUUUUAAUCAGCCAAAAAUUCAGGAAAAAUAAUGAUAUAUUUUAAAGUUAGUAUAACAUGCUUUAAAGUUGCACUAUUGAGAUAAUCUUGAGGUUUCUUUUCAGGCUAAUUGAACAGAGUCCCAAUCCAUUCUAACUAAAUUUUAACUUGGUGAGACAAAGGGAGACAAAAAGUGAAACCUAGAUUAAUAUCUUUAUUUGUAAGUGUGUUUUGGCCCACCAUUCUGCCUCUUGGAAAGCCUUUUUUUGAAAAACAAAGUUAAAAGCAGUUUAACCAUUUAAGAAAUUAUAUGGGUUUUUAUUUCUCUUUUAGUAUUUGACUGAAAUUAAAAUAUUAAAUAAUUACCAAAUCGCCAAAUUGUUUUUAAGAUUUUAUAAAGAUGAUUUUUCACUCUAACUUUUAGGGGAUGAUAGAAAAAUUUACCUAAAAUGUCUUUUUAACUUUUUCUUUAACAAUAUUUAUUGCUUCUAAUAAUUUCAUUGAUGCCGUUUGGAUAGUCAACAAAUCUAAAAAGAUAACCCUGUUUCUUACAGGAAGUCAGAUAUUUGGCUUCUUCCAUAAAAUUAGGCACUAUUUUGUAUUUUCUUAAUACUACUCGAAAUUGCUAACUCUAACAAUUGCUAAUGCCAGAACUUUAGAUGAGUCUGAAUCAGCUGAGAGCUUUUAUCCACAUUAGAAACCAUUCUUGUAGUAUGAUGAAUUAUACUACUCCUUUAUCUGAAAGGGUAAUAUUUUGUAAGAGAGACCUAAAGUUUAUUUUUAAAAAAGAAUGUAGUUAAUGCAUAAAAAAUAACUUUGUAGUGUGUGCUUUAAUAGAUAAGUAGGAUUUUAGAGAUAAGACUUAACUAAUGGUUUAGAUUUCUGCAAACAUCCAUUGGCAAAAUUAGAUAAAUGUUAUGAUUAUUUAUUCAUAGAUAAUUUUUUGUUUCAAUAAAAUGAACAGUAGAUGUCUUCAAGCAUAUAGUGAUAAUGCUUGAUAUGUAGUCAGUUAUAACAGUCCUCUUGCACAUUAUAUUUCUUCUUACUUUGUACAGUAAUCAGCCAUUAUAUUUUUAAAUGGGUAUCCUCCUUUGAUCUAGCCAUGGGUCAUCCAAUUCUGAAUGCUCCGGAUUUGAUUUCCUUUUCCUGUAAUUCUUCAAGUUAACAUAGUUUUGGCUUAAAAGGAGGCAUGAAAUCUUAAGCUUUCAGAUUUUGCCUCUGAUACUUACAUAGAAAUACUUGGUGAAAAUUUGUAAAUAAAUGUUUUGUUAAUUGCAUUUCUGGCAAUUAACUACCAUGAUUUGAAUUUUCCCCUUUCACAGAACUGGAAUCAUUUACUGUCUUGUGGUUUUCAUAGUGUAGCAGUCACCUGAUUAUGCCUUAUAUAAUAUGUAAAGUAUCCCAUUUAAAAAUCAGAAGCACUUAGCUUCUUAUAGCAUUUAGUACAGUGCCUUGCACAUUGUCGGUGCUUAUAAUUUUAUGGUUGAUGCUGAAUUACUAAAAUAUUUUUUCCACAACCUCCCCCCUUCCUCUCAUAUUCAGAUGAAUGUGUAAUAAAAAAUGGGGAAGUAAAGCUUCUUUUUGGACUUCUCUUGACAUUUACAAUUCACCACCAUCUUCAUAUCAUUAUUCAAGCUUUUGUAGUUUUUUCCUGUUCUUGUGAACCUAGCAUUGGUUGGAAAUGAAGAAUGAGUGUGGCAUGUGAAGGGGUGCUACACUAUAGAAUGAUCCAUUGGAAUGUUGCUGUCUUAUUAGCAGAAGCAGAAUGCCUUUGUAAAUAGAUUUGCUCUUGGCACUGUAGAAGAAUUGUCCUCUCUUGUCCGUCCCCCCCACCUCCACUCCCCUUCCCUGCUUCUCGUCCAGUGUUGAGUAUCCACUACUUUGAAAAACUUAAGUCAGCCCAACUUGUUUAUCAAAAAUCUGAUGUGUAUUUUUUUUUAAGUGAUUUAAAGACCUAAAUGUAGAUCGAAAGAGGAUACUUUAUGCUGGUUAACUAGGAUGCACCUAGUUUGAGUCUAUAAUGGUGGCCCUGAAUAGUGCUUUUCAAGAAUAAUUAGUUGAAGAAUUUCUUGAUCCAGGUAUGAUUGGUAGAAAGAUUUAAAUUUUUAGGAACAUGGAAUUUAAAUACCACAUAUGUAAUCAGAUUACUCAAGGUAAUUGAAAGGGAAGUGCAUGUAAAUCAACCUUAGUUGUUGAUUACUUACUUAAUCACGUUCAUUGAAAGCCAUUUUUUGAUUUAUUAAUGCUCAAUUGCUCUUUAUGGAUUUAUGGAUGCAAUAAUAAGGUGUAUGUAAACAACAUUUGACAAAAUACAUAGUUUUGCCAUAUGAUUGGACUGGGCAAAUCAUUUUUGCAUUUGUUCUGAUCCCCUAGUAUCAUUUGAUAUAUUAGGGGUUUUACCACUUAAGGUGAUUAUUUAGAGGUUCCUCAAGGUUUGCCUUUAAUUGUAGAACUUUGAUGAAAUUUAUGGAAAAGUUUUCGGAAUUUAGCACUGAGUCCUAUGCUGUCCAGUUUGUACAAAACAAAGAAUGAUGGUGAUCUCCCCCUCACUCCAACAAACCUUUGAUAAUCAUAUUGUUCUGGACAAAUCCUCUGUGUCUUGAUUUUUAAAUCACAUAGUUGGGUGAAAAAGAUGGACUAUUUUCUGCAUCCCACUAAAGGAUAUUUUUUUUAAUGGUAAUAUUCUACAUUGACCCAAUAAUUAGCAAGACAUACUUUGUAUUUGGUUUUCUGUCUCCAAAGUAACAAAAUAAUUUUUGGUCAAUUUGGGGAAAUUGUUUUCAUCUUUAAAAAGUUUAACAUUUGCUUCAUACACAAUUUAACACUCUAAACUAGAAAAAGGGAAGAGAUCAAUAUGAAGACAGAGGAAGUAAAAGUAUUAUCACCCACUGUCAUCAUAGACUAAGACUACUUAAUGACUAAAGUGGGCAAGGGUAAAAACACUGUAGGGAAGAAAAAGAUUUCCUCUUUUCAUGGAAAAGGCCUUUAACCAAAAUGACAUAGCAAAUUUUUUUUUCUAAUUGAAACUAAUCAGAAAUCCUGAGUGCUGUCAUCUUAAAAGUUUUUUGACAGUUAAAAAAGUCACUUGUCUGUGGUGUAGAAUUUUCUUUAAUAUCUUUUGAGAUUCUGCUCCUUUGAAGCAAUUGCUUUAUUUAUAACUCCCCUAAGUCAAAAUUAUCAUUGGUUAGGAGAAAUCAUUGUUUCAUCAUUUAAAUCAGUUCACACCAAAUUUAAUAGCCCGUGUAAAAUAAUUUUGUGGCAUUUAGAGAAAUAACUAAUGUUUAAAGCAGGCUCUGAGGAAAUUUAAUGCACAUUGACUUUAUAACUAUGGAUUGAACUCCUCAGUUUAAUACAAUUUGUGUUUUUGUUAACUAGCAGCAGAAUUUCAGCAUUUGCUACUUACUGGUAGAGAAGAAAAAUUCCACAGCACUGCCAGUACAGGUUAGUUUAAUCUGUAAGUACCUGAUGUUCCUAUUUGAAAUAUUGUUUUCAAACAUAUCCAUAUAACCACACAAGUAAAAAAGCCUUCUAGUUAAAGAAAUAUUACUACAUCUAAUAUUGGCUGCUUUGGACAUGUAAAAACAUACACUUGGGGGCAAAAAGCAGUUCUAAGGCCUACUGAUUUUAGGUCAAAUUAUAAUGAAUGCUCCCUUAUGAUCUGGCUCUUUGUGGUUGACCCAACAUACAUGUGCUCUUCAUGAAAGGAAAAGGCAGUAAUAGUUUUGUUUGGCCAAGGCUCCAGUACUGGAAACCAGAGCUUAGAUUCAUCUGUUGUUUGAGCCUCUCUACAAUCUUUCUUGCAUUUUCCCUUUCUUUAAGAUAUCAUUCUGUGGCUUGAAGUCUUGAAAAAUGUUAAUUCUCUACAGCUUUAGGAAACAACAAAUGGUGUAUAUAGGUAUAAGAAAGAAAACAUUAAAAUAGUGUACUUUUUGAUUAUAGAUGUUUUAUAGUUAUGCUACAAAGAAGCAUUAACUUUUUUGCUUAUUUACAUAAAAUAUACCUCAGUUUUAUGUUACUGUUCCACUUUUAGGUAGUUUUUUACCUUUACUAAGAACAGCAUAAAACCUCAUUCAUUACAUCUAAGUUAAUGCAAAAUUCCACAUCAGGAAAUUCAGGCAGAUGCUGCAAGUGUGACAACUUAAGGGUGGGAAAUAAUAUAUGUAUAUAUAUUUCAACAUUUGGUUUUUAUUUUACCAAGGGUUUGAAAUGAUGCUAACCAUGUUCAGUCUUUUUCUCCUUAAAAUAUUGUUCAUUUUUUGAUUCUUUAAGAGUGUGUGUGACUUAUUCUGGGAAUUGGGAGUAGUAUGAAGAAAUGAAUCUUUAAGCUACAUAGAUAAGUUAUAUUUAAUGUGACUGUAUGAUAUGGGGGAAUUACAAAAGCAUUUAUUUUUCAGAGGCUUAAAUUCCCCUCUUCCUCAUUCCCAAUCUUGAGCUUUGAUUAAAAUGUCUGCCUUUCACAUUCAUUACUGUAGGAAAUUUUGGGGGAGAAUAUUGGGAGGGGAAUACAAAGAUUCAUAGGACUUCAUCUCUGGAAGCUAUAUUUUUAAACUUAAGGUUUUACCCUUAUAAAAUUUUUGGAAAACUUAAAUUUUUAAGUAGAUAAUUUAGCUAGUCUUGUGCUUGUGCUCCUGUUAAAUUGGAGUUGUAACUAUUUGAAAACGGUUGUCUUUCAUGAUUUCACAGAUAAGUCAUGUUUGGUUGGAAAAAAAAAAUCUAGGGUUAUCUGGGGUAAUGUGUUUUUUUUAUUUUUUAUUUUUUUUUUUAAUAAGAUCACUUAACUGUUGUUUCUUAUAUGAAAUUACCUGAGGGUAAAGGUUCCCUGCCUUUCACAGUUUAAACUGUAUUUAAGAAAUGGAGUAGAUACAGUGGAGAUUUGGUUUUCCUUAAAACUAUCUCUAUACAAGCUGUCUUCCUGGUGAGUACCAUUUUACACUUUUAUCUCAAGUUUUACAUUUUUAAAAACUGAACUAACUUAAGGCACCACAUGCUUGUAGUUUUUUAAGCAGGAUUCCUAUGUGGACUUGUAGGAUUUACCUUAAAACCAGGAGCAUUAAGAAGGUGAUAUUGCAUGGCUUAACAUUUUCCCCACUAUUCUUUUGGAAAUUAGAUUAAGAAGAAAUCCAAAAUAUUUCAUUUUGGGGGGAAAAGGGCAUAUUCUACACAAGGCUUUUAAAUGCUGAGUAAAUUUAGUUUUGUCAGAUGUAGAGCUGAUUACAGGUGAUUUGGAUCCUACUUUGUUCAGAUAAUAAGAGGAGAAAUAACAGUUUAGUUGUUCAUUUUUAAGUGAAUGUACGGAAAUAACACAAAUUUAACAUUUAAAUUUAGAUAGGGUUUUGAAAGGGCUUACUGGAAUGUGAAGUCAUUUAAAUAUUUUACUUAUUUUUGGAGUUCUCAGGCAUAAGCAUUUCACAGGUGUUCUUUUUUUGUAGUACUAAUUCUACACAAAAGUAGAUGCCUUUAGUAAUUUUUACCUGAGUCCUGCUGGUGUAACUAGUAUAUCAGUGUAAUUGUGCUACCUUCUGCUCCUUGUUUCUACCCAAUGUUAGCAAAAUUGACUUUUUUUUUUUUAGCUUACAGCCUGGUAAAUUGCCAGCAUUUGCUAAUGGUGCUUUCCUCUUAUGAAUUCCCUGCUGUUGAUUUUGUGAACCCAUGACAGAAAUGACACUUUGGAGUUUUUGGUACCCAGAAAUGAUGGUUGUACAAAGAAAGAAAGAAACCCCCCAAAAACCCAAAUCCUCAGAAAAUAAGCAUUUUCUGAAUGUGUUGGAAUUAUAUCUACUGGAACUGGCACUAAAUUAAAAAACAAACCUGUUUCUUUGGGUGGUAUCUUUAAGAUUUUAAUGAAAUAAAAUUUGAAAGCACUGUGUCCUUUACUAGAUAAGUAUUACAGAAAGUGCAAAUUUGGUAAGUAUGUCGUUAAAUGCAUGUAAUGGUUGCCAUGGCCAGUAAACCACAUUACAUAAUUAAUGAAAAUUUAGAAUUCCUAAUUUGGGACUUGAAUCUUUGUAUAUAUGUCUUAACAUUUACAGAAGCGUAUGUGUACAAUGAUUAAAUGAGAUGGAUUUAC